GAUGUUGUCGUCUUUAUGAGAAUUUAUGAUGGACUCAGACAACGAAGACAAUACUAAUAUUUGUACACCAGAUUCUUGCAACAGAACUCUAUUUAACCAAGACGUGGAUAGUGAUUACGAGGGGAUAUGUGAGCCGCCCAUUCUAAGACAACUUAAGAACAUCUUGGACCAGUAUCCGGACGGGUCACAAAUUAUCCGAGAACUUGUACAGAAUGCAGAAGACGCCGGAGCCACGACUUUUAAGAUUUAUUAUGCUGAAGGUGAUCACAACCCUACCCCGGGGGCAAACACACCUGUAUAUCAGGAAUACUUCAGGACUCCUGCUCUAUGUGUAUACAAUGAUGGAGUGUUCUCACAAGAUGAUUGGAAAGGUAUCAAAAGCAUUUACACAAGUGUCAAGGAAAAAGACGCACUGAAAGUGGGAAGGUUUGGACUAGGGUUCAAAUCCAUCUUCCACAUCACAGACUCUCCAGUAAUCAUUAGCGGAGAUCAGCUUCUGAUUAUAAAUCCUCUGAAGUUACCACACAAAGUUUGUCACCGGAUACCAUUCAAAAAGCUGACAACAAACAAAUAUAAGAUCGCGUGGUCACUGAUGAAAAAGACCCUGGGAUUAGAAGGCGAGGGACUGUUUGAACUCAACGAGUCAGCUAUUCAGAAACAAAAUUAUCCAAGAACUCUGUUUUGGUUUCCUUUACGUCAAAACAUCUCUGAGCUCUCAAAUAAAAUCUACACAUCACAAAAAAUGACAGAGCUCUUUGAAUCUUUUGAAGAAGAAGCAGAAACGAUUCUUCUCUUCCUGAAAUCUGUUAGUAACGUCUCGAUUUAUGACACCCGAUUUCGGAAGAAGUUUGCUGUCCAAAUGAAAGGUGUUGGAAAUGUAAACAUUACCAAGGACAGAGAAUAUAUCAAGAAUCAAGUGAUAAAAAACAAAAUUCCCGAACAAUCUCUGUGGAGUGAAUACAGAGCGAUUCUCACAACGCAAAGACCACAAAAUCACCAAGAAACCAAACAGGAGUGGUUUGUAGUUAAUCUUUUUCAAGGAGAAAAGGACAUGUCACAGAGAAUGUUAGAAUUAGCGCAUGAUGAACAACUAGGUUACGCACCCUAUGCGGGUAUAGCAUUUCCACUGACACAGGGAGAAAAUGAACAUUUCAAAGGCCAUGUAUUUUGUUUUUUACCACUUCCGAUUGAACCAGACAGUCGAAGUUUGACCAACUUGCCAGUCCAUGUCAAUGGUUUCUUUGCAUUAACCUCUAACAGACGUCAUAUGCUUUGGGCAACCCAAGACCAACAUGAAACAGAUGACAACAGGCUGGUGUGGAACAAAUUGAUGAUUUCUGAGUUGUUAUCAUCAGUUUACACCAAGCUUUUGAAAUCUCUUCUUCAAGAUCCCACUAUUGCACCAGAAACCAUCUACCACUGCCUUCCUGACGCAAAAAACGUGGAUCCAAAGUGGUCUAUUUUGUUAAGGCCAGUAUAUACCGAAGUAUUUGGUCUUAGAAUGUUUUUCAAGGAAGAAGGAGAAACUCUCAACCGAAAAAAGCUUCAUUUUAAAGAGUCGCGAUUUUUCAUUUUUGAUUCUAAGGAGAAAUUAUUCAAAGGAACAUUAGAAGCACUUAGAAAUCUAUUAACGAUCUAUACAGAUAACUUGGUUUGUCUUCCAGAGCAUCUACAGUUUGCUGUAUGCAACAAGGAAUUUUUUCCAAAGGGAGUCAAAGCACGUACAAUAAAUGCAGAAUUCAUUUGUCAUCUUCUGCGGGAAAAUGAAACAUACAAAACCUUUACCAGAUCCCUGAAACUGGAGAUUCUUCACUAUAUCUUGGCGAACACCACAGUAGAUCAGAUUGAAGAUGUCGAGUUGUUACCUACAGAUGAUCCAUCAACCUUUGUGUCCUUCAAAGACGAAACAGUCUACAUCUGUUUAAAAGGAGAAGAAAAAAUGUUCCCCUUAACGGAAAAACAAUUACUGUCUAGCAUACCUGACGAUGUGAAAGACUGUAUCUUAGAACUUGCAAAAUCAGGCCAGCAUGGAGUUAAAGUCUUCUCUUCUUCAGAUUUUAAAAUAUUGUUGCAAAAAUCAACUGAAAAACAAAAUAUACCUAAAGACAUACCUCCUUCUGAGCGACAGCAAAUCUCAGACUGGAUUUCCAAAGUAUGGAAGUAUAUUUCUGUGCAAGAAAAUGACGAGGAUUUGAUGGAUAGCAUAUGUCACCUCAGUAUUUUACCAGAAGCACGGGAAGAAGAAAGCUUGUCCCUAAUUAGACUUCACAGACUCAAAGGUUUAUACAUGGUUAGGAGACAAGGCUCAAGUAUCUUACCAGAUUCAAUCUGUGAACUACUUCGCUCACUCAAUGUUACCAUUCUACAUGCACUUCCCAAGUGUUUCCCAAGUGCUGCUAUCAAGAAGUAUAUUUUUGGUCCAACUGAAAAUGGUGUUUGUGAAAUAUUGGCAAAAAUGAUGACUCUUUCCACUUGUCUAAGCGAUCUUGUUGACAAAUUUGAAGAAAUCUCAGAAAACAAUCGAAGGGACUUUGCUGUGUUUAUAAGCAAGGCGGAUAAUCUCACUUCAAGUGUAGAUAUGCUUUUGAAAAAAGUAAAGAUGUUUCCUGCAACUUCAGGAAAGAAAAAAAUAUUUCUUACUUCAGUUUUGGGGAUCAAUAAGAUGACACCACAAAAUUAUACAGAUUUCCCUGUAGAAUUUCCCUACCCACUGAUAACUGGAGACUUUAAUGGGGCCCAGCUUGCUCUACGACUUGGAGUCUGUCGACAAACAGAAGAAAACCUUACAACUGACAUUCUGAAGAAAAUUCAAAACAAUGGAUACAACGAGAAAGAUAUUGAUGUUUUCAUGAUUUACUUUCUCAAAAAGAUACAAAUGAAUAAUGUUAGUUCGGAACAAAUAGAAAUUGCGGCAUCAAUUCCAUUUGUACUCUCAACUGACGGGAAAAGAAGACUACCUAGAGAACUAUUUGAAGUUACAGAUAAAACUCAAGACCUCUUCCAGGGUGAAACUGACAAAUUUCCACAUUUAGACUUUUCCGAGUAUUCAAAUGGGUUAAAGAAACUGGGUUUGAAGUCAUCAAAGGAUGUGUCAAUAAGUGAUCUCAUGCAGACUUUAGAUCACUUGAUAAACAAGGACAGAAUGUCCCUUAUACAAGCAGAAAUUAAAGUGAGAGCUUUUGAGAGAUAUGUUAAUUCUUUGCUAAAAGGUGAAACGUCGUCAUUAGAAGAAAAAGAAUUGCUGCAAAAGAUGAAAUAUUCCUGUUGGAUGCCUAAAAUGACAAUUAAACCUAAGCACUACCCUCAAUUGAUGCCGUGGUACAGUGCUAGUAUUGAAGUAGGAAUUCCCAGUGAUAUGUAUAGUCAAAAUCAUGAGAUGUUGGUUGGGUCUGUAGCAAUGCUCAAUGAAAGUACAUUAGAACCUCAUAUUUUAGAUGAAUUAUUGUACGGAAAUCCAAGCACAGAUAUAGUAUUGAAGCAAUUACUUCUGCUUACUGGCAAAUACGAAAAAAUCCCAAAUCCUUCAGAAUUUGGGCAAAUGCUGACAGAAAUUUACCAGUUCAUUGCCAAAGCAUCGAUUUCAGGUUCUUGUCUUGUCAUGUGCAAAGAAAAAAAUAUAAUUUGGACAGAAAAGAAUUUUUCAAAACCAAGACAAGUUUAUGUUAACUUUCUCAAUGGAAUAUCUGGGAUAACACUUGAACCCUACAUGUAUCAAUUACCACAGAUAUAUUCUGAAAACGAUAUCCUUAAAACUUUUUUUCUGAAAGUAGGUUGCAAAGCAGACCUUGAGAUUGAUGAUCUUAUUACCAUAUUAGAAACCAUCAAAACUCGCCAGCAAACCUCAGAUUUGGUGGAUUCAAAACAUGACUUAUUAAUUGUAGAGGGGAUUCUUAACAUAAUGGAAGACUUGAAUCAAAAUGAUUGUUUAUCAACGCAUGAUAAGGAAAGAAUUCUUUUCCCGGUGCAAAGUCAAGGCAAACUUUUUCAGCUUCUUCCGCUUGCCGACUGCACUUAUGUGGAUUACAAAAGAGAGGAUGAGGAGGAUGAAGAAGACGAAGAGGACCUAAAAUUUGUUCAUCCGAAGAUCAGGAGUAGUAUUGCAGCAAAUCUAGGAGUGUCAUCACUGACGAGGAGAAUAGUAGAAAGUAAGGGAGUUGAAGACAUACCAUGGGGACAAAAGGAAGAAUUGACUGACAGGUUAAAAAAUCUUAUCGCAGAUUAUGCAGACGGAACAAGUGUUCUCAAAGAGAUGCUCCAAAAUGCAGACGAUGCUGGUGCAUCAUGUCUCCGAGUUUUGUAUGAUGAGAGAACGAAUGAAAAUUCACGAGUUGGUCUAAUUGACAAAGGUAUGGCAGAAUGUCAGGGUCCGGCGAUCUGGGUGUACAAUGAUGCCAAGUUCGAAGAGAAAGACUUUCAAAAUAUCAUAAGACUUGGAGCAGGAACUAAGGAGUCCGAUAUGACGAAAAUAGGAAAAUUUGGUUUGGGAUUUUGUUCUGUCUACAACAUUACAGACAUGCCAAGUAUUAUAAGUGGAGAGUCACUCGUCAUCUUGGACCCAAGAACAAUCCAUCUUGGUAAAGCUUUGAAAAACAAUAAUCCUGGAUUGCGAUUCAAGGUAUCAGACCCAAAAACAAGACAUCGUCUAAGACACCAACUACGACCAUUUAAUGGUGUAUUUGGUUGUGACUGCCAAAUUGAGGGCGACAGCAUGUCAUAUGAAGGAACACUGUUCAGACUUCCUCUUAGAACGGCGAAACAAGCAGACGAAACAAAAAAUCAAAUUUCUUCCAAACAUUACACAAAACAGAAAGUCAUUCAGUUGAUUGAGAAGUUCAUUGAAGAUGCUGGAAAUUUGAUGCUCUUUAUUCAGAAUGUAAACACGGUUGAAUUCUUUCACUGGGCAUCGGAAGCCAGAGAAGAGUGUCGGUUUUACAGAAUACAACGUAUUUCAAAAAAUCCUGUGGCUGUCACACAUGCCAACAUACUUAAAGAGGCAAAUAAGGCGUUGCUCACGCAGAAUAAAAAGCCAAUACAAAGGAAAGAAAACAUAACCAUUAAAAUAAACAUUCUUCGAAAUAAACUUGUUAAAAAGAUAUUAACAGAAGAGAAUUUGAAGGAAAAGACUUUAGAGAUGGAUUGGAGUAUAUCCUGGCAGAUUGGAUCGCAUUGUCAACACCUAUCUGAAAGUACAGAUAAAAACAUCAUUGUUGGUAGUGCAGCAAUACCAGAUAAUCACUGUCUGCUGCUAGACAGGACAGAAAAGAAAUCUACUGAUAUUCCACUGGGCUUUUACAAAACUGGACAUGUUUUCUGCUUUCUUCCAUUACCACAGGAAUCCAUGAUGCCAGUUCAUAUCAAUGGGUAUUUUGCAGUUGAGACCAGUCGGCGGCGUUUGACGGUUAGCCUAUCAGACAACGUAUAUUCUGAAGGAACUGAAUGGAAUAAGUUUUUAUUGCGAAAUACCAUCUGCUAUGCCUAUCUCAAUUUAUUGGAGAGUUUAUCUGGGAGAGAUUCUCAAAAAUAUCAUGAAAAUUGGCCACUUUUUGGGAAAGACGAAAUGAUGAAUGAAUUAGUGAUUUCUUUUUAUGAAAAAGUUGUCAGGUCUGAACAUAAAUUAUUCUACCAGAAGAAAACAUCUGGAGAUAUCAAAAAGUUUUAUUUCGGUGAAUGUAUUUUCCUUGACCCUUCACUAAGAUAUGAUUUUGGUGAAAAAAUAGGAGAGAAAUCGUUUGGUUGUUUUUUGACUUUCAAUGAUCAGGACAAAAUUGUAAUGGAUAUGCCAGUAGAUAUUUACAAACAAUUUCAGAAAUCUUCAGACUGUCAAACAAAACUAAAAGAAAACAUCUGUAAUGCUAUAACAUUUUACCUGAAGUCAUUUAUACCAAGUCUAUUAACAAAUUGGUGGUCAGACUCUGUUAAAGAGAGGAAUAAAUUGCUACUACACAUUCUCCAAAUUGAUGAUAUGAAGGUCAGGGAAAGACUUAAAGAAACACCUUGCGUCCCAACCAAGCCACACGGAAAGUUGCGGAAACCCAAAGAACUUGUUUAUCCAUACUCAGAUUCUAGUAAAUUUUGUGUCUCGUGGCUUUUUUCAGUAGAUGAUGGGAGAUUCCCAGUAGAAGAAUUUACGCAGUCGAAAAUUGUGCAAAAACUUAAGGAACUUGGUAUGAUAACUGACACUCUACCAAAUGAAUUAGUAAUCGAUCGUGCCAAAUCAGUACAAAGAUUGUCUUCAAAACCCGAGAAGAUGAGAGAAAGGUGUCAAAAUGUUCUGCGUUAUAUAGAACUGAAGAAGGAUAGUCUAAAUGAUGUUCAAAAUGCAUUGCAAAGCAUAAAAUUUCUGCCAGUCCUACGGAAGCCUGCACCUUCAGAAUGGCCUUUCAAAUGGUAUUCUUCGGAAUCAAAGAGAUUGGAGGCAGGGAAGGAACUCUUUCUUUCAAACUGCAGAUGUGUUGUUGGCUGUGUUCGACCUGUGAUUGACGAAGAAAAUUUCUUUCACGCCCUUAAGUACUUGGGAGUACGGUAUUUUUCUGAUGUUGACGAAAAAAUAGUGAUUGAGCAGUUUAAAGAGAUAACAGCCAAUGUUCCUGCUGAUCUCUCGGAUUCAGUGUGGCAGGUCUUUGACGAGGUGUACAGGUACUUUAAUAGCAGAAAAUGCAGAUUGCUAACAAAUUUUACAGACAAACCUUGUAUUUUGACAAAGUCGACUGGAUUAAUCAAACCAGAACUUUGUGCAGUUGACCUUCAAAGUGACUUAAAGCCGUUCCUGUACAAAAUAGAAGAACGAUGGACAAAAUAUAGAGCAUUUCUGUAUAGUGUAGGCGUGAAGCAGAUGUUUUCAGUCGAAUGUCUUGUUCAAACUCUUAUAAAGAUGAAAACCAAGGAAGGAGAGCACUCAAAUUAUGUUCCUACUGUAGUUCGUCUUCUGAACAUGCUCUCGGAAUCAAAACGAAGAAUUGAGUUUCAGGCUAGUUGUGAUUUGGAAAAGAUAUUACUUCCUGAUGAGGAGGGUAUUAUGAGAAAAUCAAAGGACCUUUGUAUUGAUGACAACAAAUGUAGAAUAGCAAAAGACAACAAGAUAAUUUUUGCACAUGGAGAUUUAAACGUGUCGACAACAUCCCUAUUUGAGAUUAAAUCAAAGAGUGCCCAAUUUUUAAGACGAUUUGCGGGAGCUGUUUCAUUUGGACAAUCUGAGAAAUUAGUGACAAGGUUGAAAGGAAUUUUGAAAGAUUAUCCAUGCGAUGUUUCAAUUUUGAAUGAGUUGUUGCAGAAUGCAGACGAUGCUGGGGCAACCGAAAUUCAUUUCAUACAUGACAAAAGAACUCAUCCUAAAGAUUCUUUGUUUGAUAAAUCUCUUGAAGAUACACAGGGACCUAGUUUAGUGGUUUUCAAUAAUUCUUGCUUUUCAAAGACAGAUAUUGAAGGUAUAUCCAAGCUUGGCGAAGGAAGCAAGGGGUCGGAUCCAAUGACGACAGGUCAAUUUGGAAUUGGCUUUAAUGCUGUUUAUCACAUCACAGACGUUCCAUCUUUCUUGACAAAGGGAAAUGCAGUACCAAGUGGUGAAGCUUUGGUCAUGUUUGAUCCGCAUUGCAAGUACGUUCCUCUGGCAACCCAUCAAAACCCAGGAAUGAUGCUUGAUAACAUUCAAAGUAUCAAAUUUAAAGAAACUUUUCCAGAUAUGUACCAGACAUACCUUACAGAAGAAGUUCCUGCAUCCACAGGGACGUGGUUUAGGUUUCCACUGAGAACGCAAAAAAUGGCAAAUGUUUCCCAAAUUAAAAAGGGCAAAGCAAUGACAAAUAGUGAUCUUGAAAAUUUGUUUUCUUCCUUGAAAAAUGAAAUGCCUAAAUCGCUAAUGUUUUUAUCAAAUGUAGCAAAAAUCACACUUUCUGUAAUAUCUUUUGAUGGUAAAUUACAACAAAUAUCAUCAGUAUCAGCAAUACGAAGUCGCACAGAUCACGAUAAGUUACAACAAUUCAAUAACCAUGCUAAACAAUAUAUGGAAUCCUUACAAACUGGGAGGGUUUCCCUUGCACAAAAUGAAGGUUUAUCGGUUCAAUACCAAUUAGAACUCGAUAUCUCAUGUGACGAAAAUUAUCAGGAGCUGUGGUGUGUUUCGCAAGUUUGCGAUGUUAAAGUCCAAAAUGGUGUAGAUCAGCGGUUGAUAAAUGGAUUUAAAGAUGGAAACAUAUCCUUGUCACCAAGAACAGGUGUUGCAUAUAAGAUUGCAAAAGAACAAGACAGAGACUUGUCCCAAGUAUUUGAUUUUCUACCAUUACCUAUCCAGAGUAAUCUUCCUGUGCAUAUUAAUGGUCAUUUUGCUGUUGACGCUUCUCGGACAAAUAUUUGGGUAGACACGGUGAAAGGAAAAAGUCUGAAAGGGCUUUGGAACGAUUUCCUGCUUGAACACGCACUCCCCUUUGCCUUUGUAGAACUUGUUUGCUUCCUUCGUGAACAUCUAUUCAAGGACAAUGGAGCUAGCGUUUUAGAGACAGUAGACGUGUACAACAAUGCAUUCCCCAUUUUAUCAGAUGUUGCUAACACUAAAUGGGAAGGAAUUGUGAGGGGGUUUUAUCAGUUUGCAUGGGAAAAGAAAGUUGAAUUAUUUCCAAUAUACCUUCCUUCCGCCCUGUUUAAUAGUUUUAGAGAGACACGCCACUUUUUUACCAAAAAUACAAAGAGCGAUGUGACAGGCGGAUGUAUAUCGUUUGUUUCAUUAAAUAAUGAUAAUCACAGUUUUUCAACAUACUUUGUUCCACCAAAUACAAAUGAAUGUUCAACCACUGUUCAGACAGCUCCAGAUUAUUUAAGUAACUGUCAAAUGCAACAGAAUGCAGAAGCAUUUUGGUUCGAUACAGAGUUGUCAAAUAUCUUGAAACUUUUGGGAAUGAAAAUUUUGGAGUCUCCUGCUCAUAUUGCAGAAACUGUGCAACAGUCACUGAAAUCAAAUUCAAGUGCCCCUUUCCUUAAUGUUGCUGAAAUUGUGAAAUUUUUGAAGUCAUGGAAUACAGCUGCUGUAGAUAAAUGCCGCAUUACAACAGUUGGAAUUAGCUUGAAGAAAACGCUAUUUCAGAACAUCAGUUUUGUUCAAAAACUUGCGCAUGUCUGCUUUGGGUUGGUAAAAUAUAACCACAUCAAACAAUUAGAAGGGAUACCAUUGUGUGUCCAGAAUGACAACAUUCUUCAAGUCUUUUCUAAAGACAGGAAAAAAAUUGUUUCGCAAUACUGUGAUUUAUUGCCAAACUCAUCACAGAAAUUUUUGCAUGUAGAACUUGUUAACAUAUUCAAAAGCCAAUUGACUGAAGCAAAGGAUUGUCUUUUGCAACUUGAUUUAGAAACUUUUACAAAAUUGCUAGAAGAAAAUGAGUCCAGAAGAUUGCUUUCAGAGAUUCCUGUUCCUUUGUCAGAGAAACAUCAGAGCAAAAAAUGGUUCAUCAGAUUUUGGGAAUUCUUAUCUUCUCUUCCGAGAAAAAACAUACUUGAAGACUGUACGAAGCAUUUGGGGUCCUGGUGUUUGAUACCAGCAGCGACAAAAUCUAGCAAGAGAGUGAUUUUAUUUCCGUUUAAAUUACGACAUGCAGUUCUCGACACCGAUUCCUUUCAAUUUGGAAAAGAUCAGGAAAUAGGAAGAAUUUUGCUAAAAUUAGAAAUUCCGUCACCAUGCAAAGACUAUAUUGGAGAUACUUUUGAAUUGAGACAAUUCAUGCAGCGUGUUUGUGCCUCUUUGCUCUCCGUAGAAAACGUUCUUACGUGCCUUGUCCACCACAAAGGAAGAUAUGAAAUGUUGCCAAAAGAUGCAGUCCAUCUUGUUAUGUUUUUAUAUCACAAACUGCAUGAUGACUUCAGCAGUUUGAAAAGCAAAUUUAAAGAAAUAAAUUUUUAUGAAUCUUUUGAUGGUUCAUUGACAAAUCUCAUCACUAAUGGAGAAAUGAUGUCGUUGGAGCAGGAUUGUGUUCCAAAAGAAGGCCUACGGUCCCUUUGCAAACACAAAGGAUUGAAGAUACUCAAGAAAAAUUACCGUGUUUAUGAAAUAUACAGGGAAUUCUCGGUGAAAGAAAUAAACCCUGUUUCAUUUUAUGAACAAUACUUUCUUCGAUAUCCACAGCUAUUUGACCAUGAAACUCGAAUGAUUCAUAUUAAAUACAUAAAAGAAAAGCAUUUGUUCAUAGACGGUGGUGAAAGAAUGCAAUCUUUGAUCAAAGAAUUUCCUUUCGUUCAAAAUACUGAGACAAGAGAGUUACAAAGGGUCUGUGAAUUUUUUACCCCUUUUCUUCGAUUAUGCCGGCAGAUGUGUAAUAAAAGCGAAUUAUUACCUUUAGACCCAUUCUACAACGAAGAAUGGAAAGACUUUUUGAUCUAUGCUGGUCUCAAAACACAAAUUCCUGUCAACGUUUUACUCAGAUUUGCAAGAGAAAUAGAUGAAAGGCAGUCCCAUAGAAAAGAUGAAUCUUUAAUGUCCCACUCAAAGUUGCUUCUGGCAGAAAUUUUGAAUGUCCCUAAUCUACACAAAGAGCAAAGGUUUCUUCGUGAACUCAGAAAGAUUAAAUUUCUUAUUCCAACAAAAGUUGAAAAAGAGUAUUCACAAAUUGUAGGGCAAUUUAAAACAGGUCAUUCAUUAAUUUCUUUUGAAAAUGCAGUUUAUCCUGAAAGCAAGAUAAUAACUUGGUCCUCUUGUAAAAUCCUGCCUGAUCUUAAAUGCAAAGAUAGAACCCAUUGGAGUAAAGUUGAAGAACUAUUGCUGAUAAAGAAUAUUCCUGACUUGAAUGAUGUGAUCUCGCAUGUUCAUAAAGUUUGUCAUGCCUUGAAAAGGAAAGAAAAAGAUAAACAUGAAAAUCAGGAAAGUACUCUUGAUCUGUCUACGUUUAUAGGAAAUAUUUAUUCAAAACUGAAGGAUUUCGCCUCAAACAAUAUUGUUGAAUUGAAAACAGGGUUUUGUGAAACACCUUUGAUUUACAACAUAGAGCACAACUGCUGGCUUCGCUUAGAUCAAGUUAUUUUACAGUUAAUACGAAAAGAAGAAAUUCCACCUUAUCUUUGCCGAGGAAGUGAAAUAUUUGGAGCACAUUUUAAUUUUUUCAGGAACCUUGGUGUUGCGGAUGAGGCAUGUGUAUAUCACUAUGCAAGGGUGUUUGAUUUACUCCAUUCCUCUGUUGGAAACCGUCCACUGUUCCCAGAAGAGCUUCUCGUUUGCCAAAAGUCAAUGGUCGGAUUUUUAUCUUCCCUUGAAAAACUUCAGAAGACAUCAAUUCCAGAAGAAUCGAAGUAUGAUAAACUUCUUGAGUUUCCUUGUAUAUAUCUACCUUCAAGUGAGAACACAUUGGAAAAAUCAUCCAGCCUUACUUUAUGUGAUAGACCAGACUUUGUGAAGAGAAUACGUAACUUCAACCUCAUUAAAUUUGUGAAAUCUGUUGAACUAGAGAAAUACGAUGAAAAAAGAUUACUUUCAUGCCUUCCCUCUUGUUUUCGACCGAUACUUCUUUCACAACAAGUGAAAGAAAUCAUUCAUUCUGUAGAUAAAUGUGGAUCAUGUGAACGUUUGGAAACUUUGAAGAGAAAAUUUCAGAUGACAGAAUUUGUUAAUGGAGUAUGUGCAAUUCUUUCUAAAUCUGUCGGGGUUACGGAGAGUAUGAUUAAACAAUACAAAGAAAAUUUGCUCAGAUUGCAUUUUCAGCAAGUUUCUCAACUAGAGACUAAACUCCUCUAUCGUAAAGAAGAGGUGCAAAUUGCAGGUUCUGUGAGGAGUAAAGCAGUGUUCUUUGAUACAGAUGAAGCUGUGGUGUUUAUUAAGGUUGACCAAGGUUUACAUUCAGCAUGGAGAUAUAUUCGAGACCCCUUAUUUCAUGUAAUUAUUAGAUGCACUGACGGGUGUGCAAUCCAUUAUCGCGAACAAAUCUUGAGACUAAUGGAGUCUGAAUCGGCGGAAGAAAUGCGUGGAUUGUUAUCAAAAUUAGAAGUUUCAAUUGAAACCAGUUGGGAACCGGAACUGGGAUCAUACGUCCCUGAAGAUCUCCAUGAUUACUUAGACAACUCUAUUCGAGAAUUCCGUGAUGGAGAAAUUGUGGCCUUUGAAGUUCUCAAUCCGUCGCUGGAUGGUGUGGAAGACUAUGUGUUUAUCUAUGUCCGAAUAAUAAAGAAAAUUGACAAUCAUAAGUUUUCUAUGUAUAACAUCAAUGACGGGUCUGAUAUUCGUUGUGAAAUCGCAUUCAGAUUAUAUCGCUUUAUCCAAAGUGAAGGAAACAACACUUCACAAGAAAUCGAAAGACACACUGAUCUGCAAGGAGAGAUAUAUCAAAUGAGAAAAGUAGCCAUUUUCGAAGAAAUUAAAUGGACACUUAUUGAAGCAUGGAAAUACAAUCCAAAUGACUUCAAGAGAGUUCGAAAUAGACUACUAAUGAAUUGGCAUCCAGAUAAACAUCCAGAUAAUCACUUGGCGAAAGAUGUGACUCAAUACAUCCUAGAGAUAGAACGCAGGUUGAAAAAUGGUGAAUUCAAAGAGUUUAUAGGAAACUCUUCUGAUGAUAGAAGAAAUUAUUAUUAUAGACAGAGAAAAGGAAGAGGGGGCAGUUUCUACUAUGGAGAGCGACAAUCUACGUUUUCACAACCCCAGAAGAAGGACUAUGAUGAUUGGAUAGAUGGCUACAUGUCACGGCGCAGACGUAGAAGAAGAGGAAAUUGGACAUCCUGGUCUUCAUCGAGCAGUGGUUGCGUCCAAAAAAGAACACCAAACCCCCAACCACAAGUUGGAAAACUCUGGUUCAAACAAGCCAAAUACGACUUGAUCGCAGCACUCAAGCAAAAAGAGAGAUGCAUCGAUGACGACACGAUAGCUCAUACUUUGAACUGGAUAUGCUACAAGUGUCAUCAGGCCAUUGAAAAGUGCAUCAAGAGUUUGAUGUAUCGGGAAGAUGCUAACAAAGCAGGGGAUAACCUGAGGACUCAUGACCUAGUUUCCCUGUCGCACCGCGUGUCUGUUCCUGGACUGACGGACCUUUGUAGACAGUUUGGCUCCGAAGUAAGCAGUAGUCCAGACAGCAUAAUGUACCCUUUGUUCAACACUGUUCCCGGCGAAGUGUUCACUUCUGAUCAGGCAGUAAAGGCCUGCAGUAUUGCAGAAAGCAUUGUUGAAAUGUGUGAUGAGCAAUGGAACUCGUAACUCACAAUGUGUUUAUUAAAUGGUGUAUAUAAAUCACAUUUCUCUGAUAUAGACUGAUAGUUCUGUAGUUUUAUUGUUCAUAACUUAAUGUAUUAAUAUUUUGAAGCUUAUCUCCAUUGUACUGUAAUUAGGUA